AUGGGUUCUGUGGGUGCCAACGACGAUCGAUCGUUUCUGCAUGAACCACCGUCGACCACCACCAUGCAAGCCGGGGCGGCUGACCGCCACCCGCGGCGCUGCGUGGCCAGUGGAUUGAUGCUGCCAUUUUAUACAAAUUUGGAUAUUCUAAAUACGAAUUUGGUCAAGUCUGAGAGGAAAAAGCCGUUUGGAUUAAUGCAGCCACUUCCCGUUCCACAGUGGAAAUGGGAAGAUAUUACUAUGAAUUUUGUGUACAAGCAUCCCCGUAAGCGAAAAGGUUAUGAUGGAAUUUGGUUUGGCGACGUUUGGCAUAAGCAUUUAGAUUUGAUGGAAUUUGCCUACAAUAACAGCUACCAUUCAAGCAUUGGUAUGUCACCUUUUGAGGCACUCUAUGGUAAGUCUUGUCGGACUCUUUUAUGCUGGUUAAAGGUUGGUGAAAGAGUUUUGGUUGGACCUGAGAUUGUAGAUGAGACUACACAUAAUAUUCAAGUAAUUAAAUCUAACUUGAAAGCGGCCCAGGAUCGACAGAAGAGUCUAGCGGAUAAACAUGCCAUGGAUACAGUGUAUAAAGUUAUAGAUUGGGAUGUUUUUCAUGUCUCUAUGCUUCGCCAUCAUGUCUCAGAUCCAUCACAUGUGAUACCUCCUCAACCACUGGAAAUUAAUCCAGAUUUGACUUAUGACAAGGAGCCGGUGAUGAUUUUAGAUUGGAAGGAUAAGGUUCUGAGGAAUAAAACUGUGCGCUUAGUGAAAUUUUUGUGGAGGAAUCAUUCGGUGGAGGAAGCCACUUGGGAAACGGAGGAUCGUAUGAGAGAUAUGUAUCCACGCUUGUUUUAUGAAUAUUAG